CGUAAUCUGGUCCAAAACAUGGCAUCCCGGAAUCUCGCGCGGAACCGAGGUAGAGAUGGCGCCGUCGCUAGCACCGUCGUUUGACUGGAGUACUAAUUUCUAAGUCAUUGUGCGCAAACGCUGAUAAGAUCAAAUGUUCGCCAAAACGGGAAUCGCGGGCCAUGUUGUCAGUAUCAGCAAUCUAGAGUUUUCAGCCCCCCAGGGUUGUGAUGUCGCCAUUGCUUUGGCUUCGCCAGGUGCCAAGGCGCACGUUUCCCCAACUCAGAACCGUGGAGGCGCCCUUUCCUUGGGGUACCCGCGCGCAUCUUGGGACUCCUCAGCUCAUCCCCUUCUUCUUUCCAUACAUCCUCCACAAAAUCCAUAACCUGACUAUACCCCAACUCAGGAUACGUAACCUGUGGCGGGCCGUACAAUAGCCCAGGAGUCCUGACGGGCUCCUGGGCCCUGAAUCAAGCAAUUAUAAGAUACGUCAGACAGUGAAGGACAGUUCACCGCCUUCCUAAUUAGCCUACGACAGUAUCAGUCUUCCCACCCAUCGCCUAGCACACCGCCUACUUACGUAAGUUAGCUACAUAUCCAAGCUCUGUUUGCUCCAA